AUGUCCCGUAUCCUCAUCUCGAUCACAGGUGCGGCUGCAUACAUGUAUGCGCAACACACUCCGGUUUUGAACGAGUCAAAAAGACGCUUCUACGCCGAAACAACCGAUGUUUCGACUGUCCCCGGAAAUACCUCUGAAGAAACACAAUUGUUGGGUCCUCGUGAAGUUGUGGGUGGCAUGACGGUUCGCCUGACGCCAAUUUUGGAAGGUGUAUUCGAAGCCGCACGCAAAACGGUCGAAAACUCGUUUGAAACGGUUGAAAGCUACGUCAACGACGGAAAGACUUCUUUGUAUGCAACCGAGCGCCAGGUUCUGGCCACCGUGCAGAGCUUACAUCACCGGUCGGAAGAUUUGAUGCCCAAUGCCAUCUAUGUGGCCGUAGCAGCACUCACAGGCCAGAUUAUGGCCCGUAAUAGGGGAUUUGUAGCCAAGGCAGUUUUGCCCGUAGGACUCGGAUUGGGAGCGUUCAAGUACUUCUUGCCACACACUUUUGCGCACACCACUGACUUUGUAUGGAAGGCGGAACAGCGGGCCAUGCCUGGUCUCGCUAGCACGCAGGGCGCUGCUGUUGAGAAGGCUGAGAAGUUUGCCAAGACGCUCGAGGAGUCUGCGGUCAAGGGACAGGAGAAAUACUACAGUGGAGUGGAGUCGCUUCAGCAGAACGUACGCAAGUUCACCGGUUUGAACUUGAGCGAGGAGGUUUCGGACAAGUAG